GCCCCGCGAAGCCGCGGAGGCGCAACAGGCGGAUGGCGGCGGGCGGCGGGCGCUGAAGGCGAGCGGGGCGAGGCGGAGGGGCGCGGAAGGGCAGGCGGGGAAGGGCAGCGGCGGGCAGAGCGGGCGGGAUGCGGGCGGAGGAGCCGCUGGCGCUGGCGGCCCCGCGGGCGGGCGGCGAGGCGGAGGCGGAGGCGCCGGGCGAGGAGCGGAGCGGCGGCAGCUGCUGCAGCAGCGAGCGCCUGGUGAUCAACAUCUCGGGGCUGCGCUUCGAGACGCAGCUGCGGACCCUCUCCAUCUUCCCCGACACGCUGCUGGGCGACCCCAGCCGCCGGGUGCGCUACUUCGACCCGCUCCGCAACGAGUACUUCUUCGACCGCAACCGGCCCAGCUUCGACGCCAUCCUCUACUACUACCAGUCCGGGGGGCGGCUGCGCCGGCCGGUCCAUGUGCCCCUCGACAUCUUCCUGGAGGAGAUCCGCUUCUACCAGCUGGGCCAGGAGGCUAUCGAGACCUUCCGGGAGGACGAGGGCUUCAUCCAAGAGGAGGAGAAGCCCCUGCCCCAGCACCAUUUCCAGCGCCAGGUCUGGCUGCUCUUUGAGUACCCCGAGAGCUCCGGGCCGGCCCGGGCCAUCGCCAUCGUCUCUGUGCUGGUCAUCCUCAUCUCCAUCGUCAUCUUCUGCCUGGAGACCCUGCCCGAGUUCCGCCAGGAGCCCAAGGGCCCCCAGCCUGGCUUCGGGGAGGCUGCGCAGCUCGGGGACGAGGCGCUGCUGCUGCCGCCGCUGCCACCGCCGAGCGGGACCCCCCCGCCCCUGCGUCCCGCCGCCGGCUCCGGCCCGUUCUUCACAGACCCCUUCUUCCUCAUCGAGACCCUGUGCAUCAUCUGGUUCUCCUUCGAGCUCCUGGUGCGCUUCUUCGCCUGCCCCAGCAAGCCCGAGUUCUCCCGCAACAUCAUGAACAUCAUCGACAUCGUGGCCAUCAUCCCCUACUUCAUCACCCUGGGCACGGAGCUGGCCCAGCAGCAGCAGCAGAAGCAGCAGCCCGGGAGCAGCAGCAACAACGGGGGCCAGCAGCAAGCCAUGUCCCUGGCCAUCCUCAGAGUCAUUCGCCUGGUCAGGGUCUUCAGGAUCUUCAAGCUCUCCAGGCACUCCAAGGGGCUGCAGAUCUUAGGGAAGACUCUCCAGGCCAGCAUGAGGGAGCUGGGCCUCCUCAUCUUCUUCCUCUUCAUCGGGGUGAUCCUCUUCUCCAGCGCUGUCUACUUUGCAGAGACUGAUGACCCUGACUCGCUGUUCACCAGCAUCCCUGAUGCUUUCUGGUGGGCGGUGGUGUCCAUGACCACCGUGGGCUAUGGGGACAUGUAUCCCAUGACCAUCGGGGGCAAGAUUGUGGGCUCCUUGUGUGCCAUUGCAGGUGUGCUGACCAUUGCCCUGCCUGUCCCUGUCAUCGUGUCCAACUUCAACUACUUCUACCACCGAGAGACUGACCACGAAGAGCAGUGCCAGUACACCCACGUCACCUGUGGCCAGCAACAGUCACCCUUCUCUGAGCCCAAGAAGGGGGACAGUAAUCAGUCCCUCAGCAAAUCUGAAUUCCUGGAAGCAGAAGACCUGGAGUCCAUGAAAUAUUCCAACUUCAUUCCUCCCAAUAACCAGGGAUACAAAGAGAAGAAAAUGCUGACGGAGGUGUGAUGGGUUUUGUUGUCCUGGGUCCAGACACGGAGCUGCAAGCUGCUGUUACAGUUGUCUUCCUACAAGCAGCUGGAUCUAUUCAGCAUUUACAUGCCAGACUGUGAAUUGUGAUACCGUAAACAGAAUGAUUGUGAUAAUGGGCUCUUCUGGCCUGAUUUGCUGUUUCUCAUUACUCUGUGCAGCCAGAAAUGUUCUUGCUUUAUUCCGUGGAGUGCUAGCUGUCAUCCCCACUCCCUUGUGCAUUUCUUUCUCUGCUGUUGAUGACUGCUUUAAUCCAACAUUUGCUCCGAAACCAAGUCUCGUUACUCCACUAGCAGAGAAGCCCUUGCCACUACUCCAGCAGAAGCAUUCAGCAGAGUAAACAGUUAAAGGGGCUGCAAACAUCUGGCUCCAGCCGUGCUCUCAGUCCCUGUGCCAGUGCAGUGCCCUUGGCUGUGGGAUCCGUCACGCCUGCCAUGCCAUUGCCUUUGAAUAAUGGAAACGCUGCAGCCAGGAUCACAGGGAGCUCUGCAGCUGUAGGGGAAAGCCAGCAAGCAGAUGCCUGCCUUCUUUGCAACCCUUGGCAUGCUAAAUGGUCCUCCUGGUUUGUGUUUCCCAAAAAAAGGUGCAUAAAUCUAAAAGCUCUUUGCUACUUGUGACCAUACAUCGUGUAUCAAAAACAGGCUUAAAGCAGUCAACAGGCUUGGUGAAGAUUCUCUGUGUUUUGAGCUUGUCUCAGCCUUAUUUAUGCCAGUGCCCUGAUGUUAAUUGGCUUUUGUAGUACCAACUUAAUCUUCAUAGUGGUAAGUGCCUUCUGCUGCAAGGCGUGUUUGAGUAAAUUCAUUUGUUAUCUGCAGAGUUCAUCUUCACACAAUAGCGUUUAAUAAGAUGUGCUUUGUGCUGCAGUACCCAGCUCUGUGUUCGGGCAUGUGAGAGCAGUUGACUCCGCUCCUUUUUUAAUUGGGCAUUUGUGUGGCUGAGGGAAGUCUGCAUGUUGGCGUUUUGUUGAUGUGGCAGAAAAAUCCCGACCACAGACAGCUCUGCACCUGUGCUGUGUGAGGAUCGUGCUGGUUUAGCAAGUCACAGGCAUAAAAUGCCUCAGGGCAAGUGUGUCAACAUUUGAAACUGAGACUGGCACGGAUACUGAAACUUCCCUAAGCUGUCUGCACAAAGCCAGCAGCAUCCUCCAGACCCUUUGAAUGAGGGGAGAAGCAAUGAGCCCUGAAGAGAUGCUUUUGCUGUAUCGCUGGCCUAGCCAGUUCCUGGUAUUUCAUGGGUAGCAGGGACAGCAGUGUUUUUGCACUUGGUUUUGUGAGAGCAAUUUGUGCCAGCCAUGCAAAAUAUGCAUAGCUUGGCCCACAGUGCUGGGUUUGCCAAGGGAGCAGAGAUUUAUGUCUUCAAAUGCACGUUUUGCUUUCCAGAUCAUUUCAUUAAUUUCAGUCAGCUCUGCCUUACACCUAACUUUAAAAAUGUUUCAAGCUCUGCCAGCAGGUGAGAAAGGGAAAUGGAUGCUUUCAGAUUCCACGGGCAGAUUUUCCUGCAAGCACAAAAAUAAUUCUUUUUUUAAUUCUAAGUGUUUAUUCUGCAUUCACACAUCUGCAUGUGUACAAAAGCAAAAGCAGCCAUUAAUGCCUUGCAUCACACUGUAUGAAAUGCAUAUUGGAAUGUACUACAUAUUGCAUGGGACACGUGUAACACGUAAACCAGACGUAAUGCCAAGGUGCAAAAAUACAGAGAACUGAUUUUUGUAUAUAUGUUGUGGUUUUCAGCCAUAAGACUAAGAAUGCUAAAGGCAUAUCAUAGAAUCAUAGAGUGACCUGGGUUGGAAGGGACCUUAAAGGUCAUCUCUUUCCAAAGAGGGACACCUUGCACUAGACCAGGUUGCUCAGAGCCCUGUCCUUUAAUAUAACAAACUAUAGCUAUAGAACUGAUUGUGAGGUGGGAUCUGUUUGCAUCUUCAUUACCCUGCCUGUUUUCAGUUGUCUUGAGAUAUGGCUCCAUGCCUAGAGUGCUUUUAUUGUGGCCUCUCUCCAUCCUGGCCCUGCUCAUGUGGUAGAAGUUGUUUGUGCAAAUCCUAGCUACUCCAUUUCUCCAGAGUCCUGUUGCCUUCUCAAAUGUUUUUAGUGUGCAGGGAUCUCCCUUGGGGUCAGCACACAACCAUUAUAUUGAAACCUCUGCUCUCUCUUGCUGAAAUCAGUAGGAAAAUGCCACUUUUCUCAGUCUGGGAGAUACAAGUUUGAUGUGGUGAGGGCUCAUAACUCAGAAGGAUUGGCCUGAAAAAGCCUAAUUUCUCUUCUCUGUCUGGGACUGAGGCAAAGGUUUGUGAAGGUCUGCGCCUUGGGGACCAUUCUGCAUCCCUUGACACGUGUAAUCAGCUGGUGGGUAAAUUGUCCUGGUGAAUAAGUGGGACUGAGGGGCAUGGUGGCAUCUCUGUUGAUUUUGUGUAAAAGUUGUCCAGUUCUUAGUGUGUCUUAGUCCUGGUGAUGCUGUUAGCUGUGUUUCGGGGUCACCUUAAUGAAAUCUUUACUGUGAGGCCAAGGGAGGGGCUGUUCUUCAAAUUUUGUGUUGCUAGAAACUAGCAAAAGAAGCUGCUGUUUAAGAGGGAUGUUUUGAGGCUGCUGCCCUCUCCCAGCAGAAUGCCCAUGUUUGGGGAUAUUUUAUGCCUGAGCCUAUCAGCUGAUAAAAGUUCCCCCAAAGUAAGAUAUAAAAAACUCAGGUUGAGCACAAGUUCAGGAGGAGUCAUGAGACACGCUGAGCCUACGUCAGAAAAUUCCUGUGCUCGUUUCUCCCCCUGGGCCUGGCCCCGCUGGCCCUGCCAGGCAGGAGCCCUCCCUGCCCAGAACAGGUUGUUCUCCUGAGCAGCACGACAGACGGCUGGGCACAGCAAGGAAAAAAUAAAUACCUGAGGCUGAUCACUGGCAGCACAAUCCCAGUGUGUCUUACCCAGAUCCUCUUGGAAAGGGGGGUGCUGCCCUUGGGUGGGAUCCAGCAGUGGGUUGAGUUUCUAGUGGGUUUUGGAAUCUCCCGCCCGCAGAUUGCACCCAAGGUGCGAAGGAAUUCUGUGGUGAGCAGAGCAGCUCUGUGCAGUUUUUGUGAGCCUGUUUGUCGGUUCUGAGAAGAGAAAUGCACAUGAACAUGUGUAAAGCAGGAGGGGUGUUUGCUCCCUGGGCUUUCUGCGUUGGCUCUGAGAGAAAUGCAGAACGGCAACAGAAGCGUGGAAACUGUAACCUUGGGACUCAUUUGGGGCAUGUAAAUCCUUCUCUAAACACUUCCUGAAAAGCAGUGAAGUCCCAGAGUGCCGGUAAUGCUACAUGUUACAGAACUUGUGGAAUCUGACCGUUUUCAGGAGCCUUCAGAUUUUCAUUUGGUUUUUUUUUUCACGUGACUGAAAUGACAGGGUGGCACCCAUGCCAUUGACUUUAGCAGAGGUCUCGUGCCACCGAAUCACAGAGAUGCUUUCAAAAACCUUACCUCAAGUUCUCAGCCCUUAGCGCUCCCCCAAGCUGCUCCAAAUGCAAAUCUGUUUCCUUCUGAAGGUAGAGCACAUCCCUGUGAAGCCAAGUAGGCACCUCCAGGGACUUGUUUCCAUAACAACCUCCCGGACUGUUUCUCUCUGUGCUGUGACUGUGGCUACAAGCGAAAGCACUCGUUGGAUAUUUUGUGUUCAGAUAUCAGCACCUUCUCUUUACUGAUGUUUUCUCUGCUUACUGGAGCUGAUCCCAUCACCUUAUAUCGUGCACUGCUGCCCUGUCCAACUUCAGGUGGGCAGUCUCCAGCCUUUGAAAGCAGGGAGUGCAAACCUGGAGAUGGGAAGAGAUUUUAUUUGUCCAUCCUUGCACACGGAGAGCUGGAGAAUGUGUGAAGGACAAUGUGAGCACUCAGCCAGGGAGCUGAGGGGCGACUGGCCUAUGAAUGUAGAGACAUCUGUGUGCCUGGUGACAAGGAAUACAAGCUAAAGCAUCACAUUAAAGACUCAGAAAUUCCUCUUGCAGCAGUCUCACUUAGGAAAUAGUUUUACAGUGGAAGAGACUAUUGCUCCUUCCAGAUCCCUUGGCUGGUUUGUGAGAUUUGGUUCCCCUGAUAAUUUUCCCACAGGAUGUUUUGCACCAAAGCAGGACAGGGCAGAAAUCAUCUCCUUGGAGGCGGGGAAGGAAGGAAGGAAAGGGGGAAUUUUACUGAGGACACAAUUUUUUUAUCCACACAAGGGACUGGAAGCAUGAAAGGUGUGAAGACCUGUUCUGUGGUGUUUUACUGGUGGAAUCCUGCUCUUACCUCCAAGAUGAAAUUCCUGUUCCGCUCCUUCUUGGAAAAUGUUGGAGUUCGGGAUUUUUGAGUAAUUUUCUGUUUGGGCCUUCUGAUCCAGCUUUUGUGGAUGAAAAUUCACUGCUACAGCAGCCAUGGAGGUGAAGGUGACUGGACUUGGUCUUCUCUCCUGGGUCCUCUCAUUCAGAGAUCUCUAUGGGAUGAAGAAGAUCGUGAGUGUAAAGAAAAUUCAGGGCAGCAAGAAACAGGGUAAGGACUGAAGUGUCUUCCACACGGUGAUGGAAAGAACAGCAUCAACUCUAAAAGCAAAGGAACAAACAGCUCCAGCCUCUGCUGCUGUUGCAGAAAUAGGUCCUGUUUACAUCAGGGAAAGAUCUGCAGAUUACAGCAGGAGUCAACCACAGCUUUCCCAAAAGCUCCCAUCUGACUCAAGCCCAACUUGAUGGCAUCCAUUUUCAGAAAGCAGAUGCUGCCCUCUUUUACACUGGUGCAAUUCUGGAAUAACUCCACUGACGUCAGUGAAGUGACUCCAAAUUUAUCCCCGGCAAAAGCAGAAUUGGACCACGGUCUCUUUGUCUGCCUCCCUGCUCUGGAGCCCUGGGGAAGAUGUGCCACUGCCACACCAUAAGGCUGGAUUCUGGAUGCUGCAAGGCUGUCGUGUCAGGAUGCUGCAAAAGAGGUUGUUGCAUCUUCUUUCUGUAAAGUUGGUGGAGUUUCUUCCUAUGCAGAGGGUACAACUUUUAUGGUCAGGAUACUGUUUUCCUUGCUCUGUGGUUUUCUUGUUGCUGUUGCUUUUAAAGGGAUCAACACCCUUAGUUCCAGGAAACUGAAACUAAAUGUGAACAGGGACUGGAGGAAGGAAGCAGGGAGAAUCCUGCACAAGAUUACAACACAUCUUAUUUCUGGGAAAACUAUAUAAAGCAAGAUUCAACUACCAGUGGCUAAAUAGCAACAAUUUAUGAGCUGUUCCUCAAAAGCUCCAGACAAGCACCAGGUCCUGUGGGAAGCUGGAGACUGACACAGAACACCUCCAGAAGAGUCUGCUGUUGAAACUUCCUUUAAGCCUUCUUUUUUCACGUGGAGCAUCCAGACCUGGCAAAUGCAAAAGAUCAGCCCUUAAAAGAGCAAAGAGCUCUCUCCAAGAAAGUCAAACGAGUGGCCAACGUCUGUCCAUUUGUCUGCCUGUCUUUUUGGCCUUGGAUUACUGUGCUUUUCAAAGCUGUGCUAUCAUAACUCGGAUAAAAAGGUACAUGUUUCCUGUAGCUCUACAAGUAGUAAUCAUCCUGUUCAUGCAAAAUAUCUGCUACCUGAGGGAUGGGCCCAAACCAGAGGUGUUUCUCAUUUACCUACAAAGCGUCUGGCUUUAGCAUCUGUACAGUCAGUUUUUGUGAACACGUGAGUCCAUUGCCUGCUCUAACGGAGUUAAUGACUUAUUUUCAGUGGUUGUAGAGAGUUUCACUGAAGUAGCACUGUUUGUAGUCCAUUGUGUGACUUAGGAGACACAAAAGCCAGACAAUUCUGCAGUUGUAAUGUAAUUGUACGUGGCGUUCCCAGAAAAAUGCUCUGAAGUCUUCUCCUGUUGCACCGUUGUGAUAAAAACCUCUGCUGCUUUUCAAGCUCCCCAAGUCCAGCUGUGCUGUGCUGAAAGGGAAAGAAAACCCAAUUAGCUCUGAAAAGUGAAGGGCAGAGAGGGGAUCUCUGGCCUGGAAUUCCCUCCCUUUGGCAGCAGCAAAGGCCAGCCGUGCAGCCAAAUUUCUGUGUGGAUCCAGCUUGUGUGUGUUGCCAGCUCUCUGCACAGGAGGGUGGGAGGGGGGCUAGGAAGAAUUGAUUCUGGAAGGGGAGAGCCUGAGAGGAAGAGUGGAGUUAAAUGUGACAGCUGGGAUUUUCAGAAGGUGGUUUGGUGGAUGCUGGGCAUCCAGCUUCCUUAGAACUCUUUAUCACUAACCUUCAAUAUCUUCCUGAGUGACUUUUAGCCUGUCUGGCAGUUUUCAGCAUCAGUGUGUGAGGGAAAAGAGGUGAGAGGCAGCUCUCUCUUGGCAGCUGUGGGACUGCAGUACCUCCUUGUGGCUGCUGGCUGAGGGUCUGGAUCUCUGGGGAGUUUCCUGACUACCUACAGCCUUGUAGGACUGGGCUUAGAGAAACCUUGAGCUGCCAGAUGGAGGCUGCUUCUGGUGCACCUCUUCUGACCAGUCCUGGCAGUCCUUGGGAGGCAAAAGGCACUCCACAAUCCCAAGGGACCUGCUCUGUCCCUCAGUGCAGGCCAGCUGUAGGAAUCCUCUGAGUCCCUUCCUCCUGAUCUGUGUGUCAAGGCCUUGUGUCUGCCCAUGAGUGACCAGAGCUGCCAUGGACCCUUCUUGCAAGGGCAAUUGUCUUCAGAGUCAGUGUAGGUGCAGGCUACCUUUGGAAAAGUGUGAAUAUCCUGGGGAAAUCCAUGGGGCAGAAACCUUGGGCCAUACUGUGUGCCCACACCAUCAGCAGGGAUCAUAUUGACAGGGGUGCUUUGCUUUUGGUGUGAAACCUUGCUCUGAUCCAUCAUUCCAAGGAAAACAGCAGGAAUUUGCAGGCCAGAUCAUGUGGUGAGAUAAGUCGUUCCAGCUCCCUUACUGGAGCUGAUUUAUACAGGUCAGGUCCAACAUUUCUGAGAAAUUGUUGAUGGUGGGGGCUUUUUUUGUUGUUUGACUGAAAACUUGAAGCCUUUCAAAUAAAGAAUGUGAGGUACAGGGAAUUUUUAGCUGGUGUAUUGUGCUUCAGGAUGUUUGCUGCAUUCAGGCUUGGAGAACACAAAUUCUCUGCAGACAAUCCCACACACAGUGGGAGAUGAGGUUAUUUGGGUGGAAGAGCACCAGGGAGAUGGGACUUGAGUGAGCUUUGAAGAGCAAUCAUUGUCAUUAGUGGUGGUGCCAUAACAUGUGCUUGACUCAAAUCCAGCGUUACACAGGCGAGGACCUGAUGAAACCUUGUAACUCGAUAUUUUGUGGUUGUUCCUGCUGGUGUGAUCCACUGUUGA